AGCAGGCGUGAUGAAUAAAACUGUCUAAUUUGAAUAGUGGUUUCUGCAGGGUAGGCUAUUGCCUCUUCCGUAUUUCAUAGUCCACUUGUAACUUCCGUGUUUCGAAGGCUAUCUUACUGGGUCAAGCGGUUUAUCACAAUGAGGUCCAUCCCGGAAGACUUAACGACACUAAUUUCAGAUUUGGAAACCUAUUUGACUGAUGUCCUUAAAGGGGAGAAUUUGAGCAAGAAAGCAAAAGAGAAAAGGGAUGCCUUCAUCAAGCGCAUUAAAGAUGUGAAAACGAGCUACUCUCAUGAGUUCAAGGACAAACGAGAUGAAGAGCUUCCAGAGCCUGAUGAAGCGGACACCAAUGAUGGUGGAUCACUGCACUCGGAGCAAACUGACAGGGAUGAGGAAGGCGCAUAUGAUGGAGUUCAACAGUCUCCUCCAGUGGCAGCUCAAGACCUUCAGUCCGUUUUAAAAAGUGGCUACCUGGAGAAGCGGAGAAAGGAUCACAGCUUCUUUGGUAAUGAAUGGCAAAAAAGAUGGUGUGCAUUAAGCAACAGCAUAUUCUACUACUACGGCAGUGAGAAAGAUAAACAGCAGAAGGGAGAGUUUAAUAUUGUCGGAUACAAUGUCAAAAUGAACAACACCCUGCGGAAAGAUGCAAAGCGGGAUUGCUGCUUUGAGAUCUCGGCUCCAGACAAGCGUGUAUAUCAGUUCUGUGCUGCGUCUGAGAAAGAAGCAAGAGAGUGGGUGGAGCACAUUGACUUUCUGAUUAAAGACAUGGGUGGAGUCAUUCCUGAAGAUGAAGAAGAGUAUGAUGACUGCUUACCUAUGAGCAAACCAUCAAUGGCUGCACCUAUCGAUGAUGACAUUUAUGAAGAACUCCCUGAGGAAGAUGCCCCCCAGCCUGUUAAACCAACAGUGAACCUGGCCAGCAAACCCCCACCACCAUCCACCCCUGUGACAGCAGCGGCGAACAAGAGCACAGACUACGCAAACUACUUCCAGGGCUUGUGGGAUUGCACUGGCGAUCAUCCCGACGAGCUGUCCUUCAAGCGAGGAGACACCAUCUACAUCCUCAGCAAGGAGUACGACGUGUUUGGCUGGUGGGUGGGGGAGAUGAAAGGGGCCAUCGGUAUCGUACCUAAGGAGUAUCUUCUGGAACUGUACGUACUGUAAAAGGUCUGAGGAAGCUCUGAUGGCCUGCUGUUAUAGCUUCAUGUUUCACAACAAGCCGUUGUCUCUUUCUGUGUGUUUCUAUCAUUCUAUGUGAUACGUAAAGCAAACUGCUAAUUUAAAAGCACAGGAAAUUGUAAAAUACAUUAAGGAUCUAAAGCUUAUUUUUUGCUAAUUAUUUAAUUAUCACGUGCUGUAAUAUUUUAUAGGACGGUUGAGUGAAUGUAAACCUCUAUCUUUCAAAGGCAGGUAAAACUGUAUGAAAUAAACCUUGUGUGUUCACCACACGUUCUGGAGUCUUUGUAGCAGUUUGUAUUGUAGCCACCAGGUGGCAGCAGCGUAUAACGUUCUGUGGAAUUAGAUUGCAUCAAAUAAUUUCAGAAAGGAUGUGGAAUGUCUUCAUAUGAGACUCCUGAGGAACAGACAACACAAGACAGGUUUCAACACAGGCCGUAAAGGCUGUUUGUACGUACAAUCACGACGUAGCUGUAUGUAACGAACUGAUGGGAAACAAAAUCUCUGACCUUUUUAUGCACAGCAUAACAAACAAAUCAAAUAGCAGUUAUUCAGAUGUGGAAUUAAUUAUCUGCUGUAGGAGAACUGUUUGGCAUAUCGGAUCGGAUCUUCAUGGACCGCUGCGUUGACAUCCACAAAUAUCUGGGCAGUGAAGUGAGAAACUUAAUUAAAACACAUGUCAGGCCGUUACCUUCUCUGCCAAGAAGAAUGUAUCCAAACCAAGUGUUACUAUUAGCAUAUUAACUUGCUCAGUCAAGCUUCACACAAUAAAUACUAAAGACAUUUUAAUUUGAUCAUUACAUAAUGCUGGAUUAUAUACCAGUUGAUAAACAAUUAGACUUAGGCCUGCUGUUAAAAUUGAGCGGCCUCGAACAAUUUCCAUCAAAUGUUGACACGAUGUUUAAUAUGUAAUCUUACGUUUUUUAACGUGAGAAUACUAGAACCUUACGAAGAACUGUUUGUGUCUUAUAGUAGCAAAACCGGAAGAGAAUAUUAAAUAAUUAUAUUUUAUAUUACACAUACUGUUCAUAUGAGACUCAAAUUUAUUACUGUCACUACUAUAUGUGAGCCUGGACCACAAAACCAGUCAUAAGGGUCAUCUGAAAUCUAAAAAUAAGCUUUCCACUGAUGUACAUUUUGUUGUAAAGAUACAGCUAUUUGAAAAUCUGGAACUUGAGGGUGCAAAAAAAUCAGUAUAUUGAGAAAAUCGCCUUUGAAGUUGUCCAAAUGAAGUUUUUAGCAAUGCAUAUUACUAAUCAAAAAUGUAGUUUUGAUAUAUUUACGGUAGGAAAUUUACAAAUUGUCUUCAUGGAACAUAAUCUUUACUUAUAUUUUAAUGAUUUUUGGCAUAAAAAAAAAUAAAAUUACCGUUUUGACCCAUGCAGUACAUUUUUGGCUUUUGCUACAAAUAUACAUGUGCUACUUAAGGUUUUGUGGUUCGUGGUCACACACAUGUACACAAAUAUUUUAUUUACUGUAUAUUUAAAUGAACCAGCAUUUUGGCUAUAUGCGAUGUACUGUUGCUUCUCUCUUCAGCUGUGUUUCCUGAUAAUUUAUUGGAAUGGUGAAAUCUGGAACACCGUGACUUUCCUGAUUGAACUCGUCCGGUCUGUUAAAAAAUCAGCGCUAAUGAAGGAGCUCGGGGUUGGAGAGGAUGUUUCCACUGAGCCUUGUGUGUGUUAAAUUCACAUCACAUGUCAGUAGCUCACUCCUCUCUGUCAGGGAAGGAGAGAUAGGAGAGGAGAGGAAAGGAGAGGACGGGAUGUUAGUUGUGAGAGGGGUGGAGGUAAGACACCUGUCGAGGGAGGUGGGGAUUCAUUAGUAUUCAUUAUACAUUUCCCACCAGUUUCUGAGCUGAGCGGAGAGAGGAGGGGCACCAUCCGUCUCGUCUCCUCCACUGAGAUACACACAGAAGGCUGAAACAGAGAGGUGUGUGAUGUCAUAGAAAAGGCCGAACGAAGCGGCCAACUGCAUGAAAAUCAGAACAAGAUUUUGGUGCAGACAUUGACUUUCUUCCUCUGUCCUGUUUUUGUAGCAACUGGGAGCUUUGCGGCAGCAGAUGGGCUGUCCCGCUGUGUGCCUGAUUGAAACACAGAAGCUGGAGCCGACUCAUAACAACAUCACUAGCUCCUGUCAGCUCCAGCCAGGGAACAAAUCAGCCUUCCCGCGGCUCUGCUGCAGGGAACACGACUCUGCUCGGGGAAAAAGCGAGGCCCGGCCAAGGGCACAAAGGGUCCUUACAUUUUAGGACUGCCUGGCUGUCAGUGUUUACAAGCGCUAUGCUUGUGUACCCGCAGAUGAUAGUCGUGAAAAUCAAAGCUGGAGGUGCAGAUGGUAGGGCCGUAUGUGAAAGCCUCUUCAGACCGCACUGUGAAUAUUGAAGUAUUGAUUAUAUAAACUGGUUUCAAUAGAUUGGUCACCAUUGAUCACGUUUGAAGAGAAACAUUCAGGUUAAUGAGGUCACACUUGGAUCACAGUUUUAUAUAGUAAAACAGUGCUGGGUAGUAACUGAUUACAUGUAAUCUGGAUUACAUAAUCAGAUUACAAAAAUUGAGCACUUGUAAUUGAGCCCAUACAAACAGCUUGUUUGACAGGCGAUCUGACCAAUUACAACGGCGAAUCUGCCAUUUUGUCCUACAGAAAAAUCAGACAGUAGAGUAGAUUAACUUUGAUGCACUUAAACUUAAAAAAUUGUGUGUAUUGACGUCCACGGUUGAAAUAAAAUACAUUCUGAUGUUCAUUCAUUGGUUUUUUUGUGCUUUAAGUAAAUAAGAAAAGGCCAUAGGUUCAUGUGCCGUUUUAACUUAGGCAAUACGGUGAUCUGUCACGACACAUUAAAAAGCCACAAAAUGGUAUUUAUUGUUUGAAUUUCUUAAAAAAUGACAAAAUUUGAAAGCUGCGACCUUGUUUCAUACCAGGAGUAACCUGCUCUGUCUUGUCUGUUGGUGUGUUGUCAGUUUCCAAUUUUUCACUUUGUGAAAACAUGAUGUGUAGUGUGAGAGCGGCAUUGUUUGUCGGACACAGAGGGCGGGUUUUUGCGAAGGGUCAAUUGGAUUACAUUACAUUUUAAAAUCGGAUAACAGUUACUUUUUAUGGAUUACAAGGUUACAUAUUGUUUAUAAAAUGGCAGUAAAUUAUUCAGAAUUUACUGAUUCUCACUAAUUCUUUGUUGUUUUUUAAUGUUGCCUUUCCAAUAAUCUUAUUGUGUCAUACCAUUUAGCUCUUACUAUAUCAGAAUAUUAAAUGGCCAUGUAAAUAAUUUUGCAAUCCAUGCUUCUACAUUUGGGGAAAAAAGCAAGGUUUAAAACAAGUUAGGUAAAAAGUAAUCUAAAAAUAAUCUAAAGAGUAGUCAGAAUACAUUACCUAAAAUGAGUAACCUAGAUUACUUUACCUAGUACAAUUUUCAUCAUGUAAUCUGUGAUCAUUAAUGGAUUACAAUUUGUAAGUAAUCCACCCAGCACUGGUAAAACUCCAUAUAAUUGAAAAGACAGCAAAGAGGAAACCUCAAAACUUUGGCUAACGUUAUGACAAGGUUCUCUCAAAGCUCUUCUAGUAAGGCUAAAACAACAUUCCUUCCAUUAUUCGGUCUAAUAAAGUUCUCAAACUGUUUUCUCAAAAACAUAAUUUUUUUUUUUUUUUUUAA